CGGGCGAUCCGUGAGGCGAACAGUGGGGCUCGUAUUUGGGCUGACGUUUCCGCAAACGUGUUCCGGAUUUCAGCCACGAUGUUUGGCCCAGUUCACAUGAGACCUUUGGAUUCCAGUCCAUUUGGGAGACAGAGCCAGAACCCUUCGAUCAGGCUGAGACACGUCUCCUCCGAGGCUCAGUCCCGGUCGCUCAUACGCAGGAAGGUCAAGGAAAAGGACAGCGUCUUGGGGUUCGAGGUGUGCAAGUGCCUACACUGGCAGAACUGGGAACUAGGAAAAGAGAGCACCAAGAAUCUUUCUCUUAAAAAUGUGCGACUUAGAACCCAGAAGAUAAAAUUCAGUCCUCCCGUCACCACCUUCUUCAAGACUCUGUUCCCACAGACCAUGACACUGAGCGCAGGAACGUCCUUUUCUCUGCCCAUCACAUUCCGACCCCUGGAGAAGCGGGAUUAUGAAGACGCAAUCACUUUUGAGACAGAAGAAGGCAGCUUCUCGGUGGCUCUUCGUGCGACCCUCUCCCGCCACGAGCUGCUGUUUCCCGAAGAGCUCAGUCUCCCCACCUGCGCCGUCUACGACACCUCAGAGGCCAUAUUUGUCCUGCGCAAUGUCAGUGACUUGCAGACUCUGUUCCGCUGGGAUGUGCCCGGGCCCUUCCUGCUGAUACCAGCCAGCGGCGUUCUUGAUCCCAAGUGUGAGGUUCGGACCAAAGUCAUAUUCCAGCCACAGACUGCCCUCGUGUAUAAUACGGCUGCUACAUGUCACUUUGGUGAACGGGAGGAAUAUAACAGGGUCAUCCAGUUCACUGCAAUAGCCAAAUAUCCACAUCUCCUAGUGACGGUGCCUGGGGAGUCCUGUGAGAUGAAGGAGGACGGGGGACCACUUCUGGAUUUCGGACCUGUUGGAGUGAGCAUGGCGUCGGAGAAAAAGAUUGAAAUUCACAACCUGUCUCUGGUAGAUUCUCCAUUCCGUAUUGAACGAGAGACGCGCUCUUAUCAAGUGGACUGUAACUUUUCUUGUGGAGUUUCCCGCGGUGUAGUUCCGGCUCAAGGGAAGAUGCAAGUUCUCCUCCAGUUUCGGCCACGUCUCGUGGACAUGGAGAGUGUGGACUAUUUUCAUGUUACUCCAGUUGGGAAUCUCACACGGACGGUGCUCAAGGUUUCUGGAAGUUGUAAAGGGCCCCGUGUUUCUCUCCAGGCGUCUUUACUGAAUUUUGGUUUGCUGCAAUUGGGUGAGAAGCUUCUACGGACCCUAGAAAUCACCAACACCUCAGAUGUGCCCGCAGUCUACCAGUUUGACAUUGACAGUACUGAAAGCAUUUUCUCUUUCGAUCAUCUGUAUGGGAAUUUGGGUCCCAAGGAGACUCGGAGCUUAAAGAUCACCUUCUGUCCCAUGCAUCCGAUCCCACACUAUCGGAGGGUCGCCUGUCUCAUCCAUCACCAGGAUCCUCUGUUUGUGGAUUUGAUUGGCACUUGUCACUCGGACAUGGAGAAGCCCGCCAUUGUGCUUCCAAAACAUCUGUCUGUCUACAGAACAAAUACGGCACGUGGACUAUCUGUCUUCUCUCCUGACAUUCUGGACGCCAUGCUGGAAAGUGGAAAGCUCAGGACAGACACCACUGGAGCACUCACUCUUCUUGAACAGGAUGCUGAUAACCUACCGCAUGAGCAGUGCAUCCUCCGUGACGCUGCCUCUGAAUUCUUUGAUGACGAGUUUAACCACGAAGCCUCCAAGCCGACAUCCCAUAUCACUGCCAGCACCAGAGAUUUUGACUUUGGCCGCUGUGAAUGCAGCUCCCAAGAACCCCUACCGCUUUCUCUAACCAAUCACACAAAGGGAAAAGUGACCGUCAUCUGGACUUGCAAACCAGACAGCCCUUACCGGAUCACCCCCGAGCGGACCGAGAUCCCACCACUCAAGUCCACAGCUUUCAGAGUCAUCUUCCAUCCAUCACAAAUAAAUGCAUUGUAUGCUGCAGAACUGGAGGGCUUUGUCUUUUAUAAGGUUUUGCGUGAUUACCGCAAUGUGAAGGAUAUCACUAUUUGUCCGCCGUGGUGCAUCACACUUCGAGCGAGGGGCCAUACAUUUUCACUGGGACAAGAACAUUUUGUUCCCAGAUGUCUUCUAGAUUCUUCACGGAUGGUUUUUCCGCCAGCUAAGCAAGAUGGUCACACUUAUCGUACUUUACUGCUGCAGAAUACAGGGCCUACAAUCAUGACUUUUGUGAUGGAUGAAAACAGCUGCCCUGGUGUCGAAGUGAAACCAAUCUCUGGUCAACUGGACCCUGGAUCACAUCAGAUCUUACUACUGAGGACCAGUCCUGCUGAAAGUGGACUAGUAAAACACACUGUGCCGCUGCAGCUGAAUUACAGCCCUGACUAUACUCAGGAGAUUGUCUUGUUCUCGCGAGCAGAAAGCCCACAACUCUCUCUUGAGUCGGAAGGAAAACUUUACUUUAAGCCGACUUGCGUGGGGAGCCAGUCUGAGUGCCUGUAUUCCAUAAGGAACCUCUCCAGGCUCCCUGUGCACUUCGAGUGGAGGAUCCAGCAGGCAGACUUGCAAUACCUUUCAGUUAAUCCAAGAUCAGGAAUUAUCAGACCAAAUGAAACUUUGGCACAGAGGUGGUCAUUUGUGCCGCAAGAAAAACGAAAUUACUUUAUUAAAGCCACUGUAUUAACAUGGCUGGACGAUCGAAGCCCGAAGAAGCGCUACAUCCUGCGUAUCAAUGGCGAGGGCUGCAGCGGCUGGUUGUCGGUAAGUAAGGAGUCGGUCGACCUGGGGAACAUUUUGGUCGGGAGUUUUCAGUCAUGUGAUCUGCUUCUAUCAAAUGAGGGUGAUUGCACGCUGGAGUAUACACUCAGCGCUAAACAGGAGGUUUCGGGGCCAUGUGACCCUGAUGAUGUCAUCAAUGACCCUGUGGCUCUGGAGUUUGAACAUGAGAAGGGCAGACUGCCAGCACGUACCAAGCUGAGGAUCAGAGCCAUGGCUCGUCCUGCCCGCCGCCUCGCCUACACCUGGACAAUCAACUACUGCGUCUUCUCUCCAAAAGCUCUGGAUCCUGCAGAGGCCGUCAGUGAGGAGCGCUUUCUAUGUACUGUGACGGCACAGGGUGUAUACCCAACCUUCUCUGUGGUGGAAGCAUGUCCGGCCGGUAGCGCCGGUGCCCUCAGCAAGACCCAGCUCUGGAAGCUCUUUUCCCUGGAAAGAUUAAAUUCCUGCCUGCAAAGUGACCCCACAUCAGGAGAGCUCAUAUACAGGGUGCCCACACGACACAGCACCCGCAGAUGUCCUUCUGCAAACACUCCGGUUCUCCUGGACUUCAACUUCGGAGCUGCUCCUGUAGGAUCAGAGCCAUUCGUCGCCGUGCUUCUACUGGAAAAUAAAGGGGUAUUACCUGUCAGCUGGGAUUUUUUGUUUCCAGCGGAUCAGCAGAUAGAACUGGAAUUCUGGGCUGAGACCUGGGAGUUUGACCCCAGCGAGAUUCACCAGAUGAGAAUUCAGGACAAUAAGCUGUUUACCAUUAGCCCCAAAGCAGGAAAUCUAAAACCAGGACAGCAGCAAACGGUACAGCUAACCUACAGACAUGAUUUUGUCGGAACUGAUCGUCUGCCCGUCCUCCUAAAAGUAUCACAUGGCCGCGAGAUUCUGCUAAACUUCAUUGGGGUCACAGUACAUAAGGAACAGCGCUACGUGCAUUUCACCUCCACAAAACAUCGCUUCACUCCAGUGGCCAUUGGCACCUCAAGUCCUUCAAAACAGAUUUAUGAGCUGUUCAAUGGGGGCUCUGUGGCCGUAAUCUAUGAGAUCCAGCUGGAACCCCUGAGGGAAGUCCAAGAACAGAACUACCACCACCCUAUAUUCCAGUGUCUGAACCCGCGAGGGGAAAUAUUGCCAGGGGCAACUGCAUUUGUGGAAUGGAUCUUCUCUCCACUGGAGGCAAGAACUUAUUCGGUGACUGUUCCUGUUCACAUCUUAGGGGGAGACUCUGCCUUCAUCACCUUUGAAGGGAUUGGUUAUGAUCGUAGUGUUCUGGGGGACACAGCGAUAUUUGAAGAGUUUUCGCCGGUAUCAGCUGUGCCACGACUCACACUCCCUGGACAGAUUCCUCACCUGACACAGCAGAAAUUGUCCUUUGGGGAUAUUCCAGUUUUCAGCAAGUGCAGCCGACUCGUCUUCCUGAACAACACUUCUGAGUCUGAAGUCACCCUAUUCACUUGGUAUGCAGCAUCGCCCAGUGCCAGCGAGGCUCUUCAGGUCUCCCCUCUGUCUGGAUCAGUACGACCAGGUGAGAGCGCCAGCAUGGUGGUCACCCUUCAGUCUGGGGAGCAGGCCUCCUUCUAUACACUGGAGCUGGUGUGUGAGAUAUUCACGGAGAGAGAUGUCGUGGAAUACGAGCGAGAUCUCCGAGAAUGGGAAGAAGAAGGGGAGCGGCAAUCACUGGAGUUCACAAUCGCUGACCCUGCCUCCGAAAAGAGAGGCCAGGCAGCAGCGUGUGUGCUAGGGUCCAACGGUGCCCGGAUCGUUCCUGCUAAGCAACAACUGACAGAAAUAAGGAGAUACAAGACCCUACCACCUAUUAAGAAUGGAGAAUAUGCCCGACCACCAGCAAGCCGAGACAGGGAAAGCCGCAGGGCCAUGAAAGAGGCUCAGAGAGUCCGGGCGAGACCCCAACCCCCUGUUCCACUACAGCUUCACCUGUCGGUGACCGGCAGAUCCCAUCACACUCCUGAUUUUCUCAUCCAGUUCCAGAAUGAUUUUCCGCGCCACUUCCAGCAGCGCCCAUACAAAAGGAAGGUGGAAAAACCCGUUCCAGUGACCCUUCAGCCUGAGACAGGAGAGCCGGACAGAUACAGAGAGAAACCGAGCGCAGCACAGCAGGAAAUGGCUCGGGACGUCAUGACUUCAAUCAUCAGAAAUCUCUUGGAUGAUAAGCAGUUUCAUGAAGCCCUGAGUCAGAUACAGAAGGAGCCGCUGCCGUACUUCGCCCAGCUCCGCAGCACCGCGUCCGACCCAGACACAACAGACAUCUCUGUCUCUGCAGAACAAGGGGCGAAGCCACUAGAGUCUGGUACCAGAGCUGUAGAGGAAGAGACGCCACGAGGCGCUCAGGUAGUGCCAGGAGACGUGGCACAUGAGGAGACCGAGACCAAACUUAUGCUGGUGCCACAAGAUGAACAGAAGGAAAAGAUUAAAAGGGCACCAAUAUUCAGUCAGCUGGUGGAGGCCAUACUGGAAAACACAUUGCAGAACAUUAUGACGGAAGCCAACCGCGGAGAAGUCGUUCUCACAACCCGCCCUCGUGUCAUCGCGCUGCCACCUACAACACCCAGGGGGAUGACACCGACCUCCUCGGGCUGCACUGUCUCCAAGGCACAGGAUGUACCAGGUGCUCCACGUUCUCCCGAAGCUCCAGGAUCUGUUCUCCCUGCGGACAUCCAUCAUAAGCACACGGUGUGAAAUAACUAAUCUCCUGAAUUCAUGGUCCAAUCACACAAUUAUACCAAUUAGAGGAAGAUUUAAAGGGGCGCUUCUCUUCUGGGGCUGAACCACUCAGUCCUUUGCAGGUACAUCUGUACCCACAGAGGGUAUAAAGAGGCACCUGCAUAGGACAGACCCUAGAUAUAGCUUGUUUCUAGAGGCGGCCGUAGAGAGGAACCCCUUGAAACGUGGAUUGAAUUUAUGAAUGCAUUAGGUACUAGAGGCAUGGCUGAGGUACAAAGGACCUCAUACCUCACCAUAUGAGUUAUACUUAUUAAUCCGUGGAUUACGCUUUCUACGUUAACCUGGUCUGUGCCGCCUGAGUGGCUUUAUGUCCUACUGGCAUUGUGUUCAGUUUGUUUUAUGCACAUAAAUUAUUUUGUGACCCAACCGCCUCGCUGCACCCUGUGACCACUGCAGCUGCCGGAACUAGCGGUCAUCUCAAAGGGCUCAUCCGGUCUUGUGUCAAUAAAGCGUACUCAUUGUACAAUAUAACGAAACAAUCGGAAACUUCCUAAUCUACUUUGCGUUUCAGUUCCUCAACACUUUCAAGAUCUCUGCUUGCUGCCAACGAAUGUGUACAUUCUGAAACCCUGUACAGAUCAAUUAAUUCUAACAGCUGAUGGUGUGUUACAAUUGUAUCCAGUCUUGGCAAUCGUCUGUGACCCAAACAACCUGGACUACAGAAUGAUACAUUUUACCUGCACUGAUACAUUGUAACAAACCACACAGGACAUUAGAGAGAUGUGUAGUAGACCCUCAGCUGCGAUAAAGUAUUAGGUCUGUACACAUAUUCAUUUUCUGGAAACUGACAGCAAGCAAGGAUCUUGAUAAAGGUGGGGAACAAAAUGCAAAAUAUAUUAGAAAGUUCCAGAAUGAUUAAGCUUUAUAUAGAUAUACUGUAUACAGGGAUCCCUGCACCCAGCGGUCGGAGGACUACAGCCGCUCAGUUAAUUUCUAUGCAAGUUCCAAGAACAGCCAAGUAAAUUUGCAUGCUGGGAGUUGUAGUUUCACAACAGCUGUUUGCUGUAGGUUGCUGACCCCUGACGUAUACCUGUACUCUCCAUAUAAAGUGGCACACUGCAUUGUGCAGCCUUUACGUCACCUUGCUUCCUUCCUAUAGCCGCCCUGUGAACCCUACACCACUUCUCCAUCUAACCGGAUCUAGAUCUGGACGUGUGCCCAACCAUUAUUGGACUGAGAAUGUAUUACUUUCCAGAAACCAGCAGGCGUGUACAGCAGUGAGUGAGUACAGGCUGCUGAUUCUCUGCAGUUACUACACUGGGGGCCAUUCACUGCUCACUGGGAUAGAAGAAAGAAGCUCUUAUCGGGUUUCCCUAUAGAUAAGACCUGGACUUCCUGUAGAUUAGCAGUACAUUUUGUAUUGAGUAUUUUCAAGUUUAAGGGUAACAAACAUUAAAGGGGACCUUUCACCAUUUUUAAUUUU